UGAUCGUUUUUGUGACUGAUAAGAACCAGACGCGCUAGUAAUUGUGAAAUUCAGGGAGAUCGACAUCAAUAUUGCUUAGGAGGAAAAAUGUCAAAAAAACAGGAAAACUCAUAUUUAACAGCCAUCGUUAUUGGUGCAGGCAUGCGAGGUUCCGUUUAUGCUCAAUAUGCACAAAUCUAUCCAGACAGAUUGAAGAUCAUUGGAGUGGCUGACCCGAGGAAAUUUUAUCGCAGACAGCUUCAACAGCAAUUCAAUAUCGAGGACAAGAACUGCUUUUCAGAUUGGAGUGAGGCCAGUGAGAGAGAUAAGAUGUCGGACUGUGUUAUCAUUACCACCCCAGAUCGUCUACACAAGGAUCCUGCCAUCGCUUUUGCGAAGAAAGGCUACAACAUUCUCCUGGAGAAACCAAUGGCAGUAAAUGAAGAGGAUUGUCGUGAAAUUGUCAAGACUUGCCAAGAAAAUAAUGUGACUUUGACAGUAUGUCAUGUGCUCAGGUACACACCAUGGGCCAUUAAGUUAAGAGAACUGAUUGACAGUGGCAUCAUUGGAGAGGUUGUCAAUAUCAACCAUACUGAACCUGUUGGCUUCUGGCACUUUGCUCAUUCCUUUGUUCGUGGCAACUGGCAUAAUGAAGCCAAAAGCUCCAGUUCACUGCUAGCCAAAUGUUGCCAUGACAUCGAUCUGAUAAACUUCUGGAUGGCAGGAAGACGAUGUACAAGUUUAUCCUCAUUCGGACAUUUAAGCCAUUUCAAUAACGAAAGUAAGCCUCCUGGAGCAGCCAAUCGUUGCAUGGAGUGUCCAGCUGAUGUAGAGUCCAAGUGUCCUUACUCGGCCAAAAAGAUUUAUCUAGACCAGAUAAAACAGGGAGAUACAGGAUUCCCCGUAUGUGUGAUUGCUGAAGAGCCAACGAUGGAGAGUGUGACGGCAGCUCUCAAAACCGGACCUUAUGGUGUUUGUGUCUAUGACAAUGAUAAUGAUGUCAUGUCCAACCAGGUGGUCAACAUGCAGUUUGAAGGGGGAGCUACGGCCACUCUGACCAUGAUGGCCUUCACAAAGUCUGUCUGUACACGAGAGGUCAAAGUUUACGGUACCAAGGGAGAGCUUUCCUGUAAGGCAACAAGUGCUCCAGUGAUCCAGCACUUUGACUUCCUGACUGGAGUAUCCCAUGAGUACCAAGCAGAACCACAAAUGGUCAAGGGAAUGAUGGGACAUGGUGGGGCUGACUUUCACUGCAUACAUUCCUUUGUCAAUAGUGUGGCUAAUGGUGAUAAGACAACCAUCUCAACAGGUCCCGAGGAGAGCUUGGGUAGUCAUUUACUGGUGUUUGCCGCUGAAAAGGCAAGGAAGGAGAAACGAGUUGUCAUGUUACAACCUGAUGGCACGUACAACUGACCAGAUAACUGACCCGACAACUGACAAGAUUAUGGCCUGGCAUCAAACCCAUGUUGUUGGGGUUUUUUUUAAUUCAUAUUUCUUUGCUUCACUUAACCAUAAUGAACAAGUGAAGCAGUUCCCUAUUUUUAUACUAAUAAACCUAUUUUCACCAACAUUCUUUUCAAAUUAACCCGAUUCAUUCAUUUAAACACAACAUAGGUAAAUAACAAAAAUUUAUGUCAGGGAUGGGGAUAUUUUAGGGCAGGGCAGGGGGCUUCACUUUACCCUGGCCAAGGUAAAGUGAAUAAUUUCACUAUUUUCUUACUAAUCAACUAUUUUCUUUAAACACAUAAACAAUAAAAAAAAUAUUGUAAUGAUAAAUUGAAGCCCCCCUGCCUCAUCCUAAAUUUUCUAGCCCCAGACAUAUUUUUUUUGUUAUUAUGUGUUUAAAAGAAUCAGUCUUAGAAUUUGAAAAUGAAAAUUGUUGAAAAAAUGUUAACUAGUAAAAAGAAUAGUGAAAUUCUUCACUUUACCAUGUCCAUGGUAAAGUGAAGUCCCUUGCCCCACUCUGAAUUCCCUUGUCCCACUCUGAAUUCCCUUGCCCCACUCUGAGUUCCCUUGCCCCACUCUGAGUUCCCUUGCCCCACUCUGAAUACCCUUGCCCACUCUGAAUUCCCUUGCCCCACUCUGAAUUCCCUUGCCCCACUCUGAGUUCCCUUUCCCCACUCUGAGUUCCCUUGCCCAACUCUGUAUACCCUUGCCCCACUCUGAAUUCCCUUGCCCCACUCUGAGUUCCCUUUCCCCAAACUGAAUUCCCUUGCCCCACUCUGAGUUCCCUUUCCCCACUCUGAAUUCCCUUUCCCCACUCUGAAUUCCCUUGCCCCACUCUGAAUACCCUUGCCCCACUCUGAAUUCCCUUGCCCCACUCUGAAUUCCCUUGCCCCACUCUGAGUUCCCUUGCCCCACUCUGAGUUCCCUUGCCCCACUCUGAAUUCCCUUUCCCCACUCUGAGUUCCCUUGCCCCACUCUGAAUUCCCUUGCCCCACUCUGAGUUCCCUUGCCCCACUCUGAGUUCCCUUUCCCCACUCUGAAUUCCCUUGCCCCACUCUGAGUUCCCUUUCCCCACUCUGAGUUCCCUUGCCCCACUCUGAAUAAAGUAUAUAAAUAUAAAUGGCAUAUAAUACCACCAUAAGAGAAAUUGAUUUAAGUCUCUGUAAUUAUUAAAAAUUGUUGACAAAGAAAUAUAUGUUUCAGAAACUGAAUCAAUGUGAAAUCACAUUUCCAUGGUGGCACUUUGGUUCAUCAUCUUACUCAAGAAAUGGACGAAAAUAUUUUUAAAAAUCACAGAAAUUAUGGAUUUUUCAGUAUCUGACUAUUCUCUAUUCAGAAAGACAGUUUCCAUUUUCAGCUGUUUAAUUACAUAUGGUAUGGUUUCUGAUACAGUCAUAUGAAGUAUAUUUGAUACUGAGAUAUGAUGGGGAUCAUUAACUGACAUAGAAAAUGUAAAUUUCUAGUCAAAUUUUGAUUCUGUAACAAUUCAUAUUUGUGUUUGUUCAUGUCUUUGAUGUUUCUUUCAUUAAAAUUACAUUUAAACUUACAGUCAAAGAUUUGAGUAAUCUGCAAUAUCAUAACCUUUACUUUUAUUUUUUUUCUUACAUUUCACUGAGUGAUUCAGUCUCUUAUAUACAGCAUUCUCUGGUCAUAUAGAUGGUAAAUCAUACAGUUAUGAAAAAGAUAUACCCAGAUUGUCAGAUUAUUUAGAAAAAGACAGGAAUUGAAAUAUUUGUAUUUUUGUUAGACUCAAAUUUUGUGUGUUUUUUUUAAAAGUCCUUUUGUGUGGUCAUAUGAUUAAUUGUACUGAAAAGUAUUUAACAAGAUCAGUAACACUUCAACCAUUCCUAGACCUAUGAAUUCAUGAAUUAAAACUAUCCAAGUCAAAAAAACAAUGAUAAUAAAAAAUUUCAUGAAUAUUCAAGAGUUCUACAAUAUUCAUUACUUAUCAGGUGUUGUUUGUGAUGUUCUCAUUUUACCUGAUUUUAAUUAUUUUCCUAUUUAUUUAUUUGUUGAUUGUAUUUAAAUUCUCUGUAAUUGUUGUAUGUUUAAACCAGAAGAUAUUCUAGUGAUCUGAUCUAGUCCUGCCUAGUACAUUCUCCAAUAAUCACAAAUUUAUUUAUUUUUAUAUCUCAACAUUUCAAACAUAAUCUUUUUGAAUUUUGCUUUUUGUGAAACAUAUUGUUAAAAAAGUUUAAAUUUUAGAAUGUGCAAAUUUAUUGCUUCAUGUAUACUGAAACAUCUAGUUAGA